AUGGGGCCGGCUGAGUCCGCAACCCCCCUGUGCGUCGGAGCCUCCAUUCCGGGCGGCGAUGCACAACGCUCUGCGCCGCUGUUUCCGUCUGUGUUCCCCUCCCGCACCCCCGCACAGGAGACGAGAGAGAAGCAGGUCCGAGACAAGAGAAGGCAGACGCUCUACACCAUCGAGAGGACCUACACGCUCCUGCUGGAAGUGAAAGACAUCGAGAAGAAGUUUCUUCAGGUCCCCGAGUCCGAGCGCCCGGCCCUGCUCGAGGUCCGCAAGGCCAAGAUCGCCCAGAUCUACGAGAACCUGCGGGGGAAGCAGUCCGACAGGCCGAGUGACGAGCACUUUGUGCAGAUCAUGUGCAUCGGGAAGGGGAAGCGGCUGACGGCCCGCGUGCUGGGGAUGCUGGGCACGGAACAGGCCUCCAGCGUGCUCCUGGCCACCGCUCGCAACCUGCCCCUGCUGGCCCGGAAGGACUCCCAGGACGAGGUCCUGCCGUCGCUGACGGAGCCCUGCACACACCUGGUGAGCCGACUGCCCUCGGCUGCCCUGACGGAACUGUUGCAACAGCUCACCGAAGGUCCGGGGAACCACUUCUUCUCCGUGCUGCAGAACAAGUUCGGCUUGACGCUGUUCUACACCAUCCUGAGCCAGGGCGAGAGGCUGCAGGUCUCCGAGACGGCCAGUGAACUGAUGCAGGACAACAGGUGGACAGAGCUGGUGUUUGCGGUGACCCGGGAGCUGCUGAGGGUGCCUCAGGCCUCGCUGGCCACCCCCUCCUUCAUGCCCGCCAACCUGCUCGCCCUCUUCUCCCACUACGUGGACCGGCAGAGGCUGACCGUGCUCGAGUCCAAGCUCGGGUUAGGACUGUCCGUCAACCCUCGGUAGAGGAGGGUGGGGUCUGGGUGGGGGAUCUGGAGCCACCCCCCUGAUCCCGGUGACAUCGGCGACACGUCUCCCCGGCGACGGCGGGCAGGAGUCUCCACGGCGACACGUCUCCCCGGCGACGGCGGGCAGGAGUCUCCACGGCGACACGUCUCCCCGGCGACGGCGGGCAGGAGUCUCCACGGCGACACGUCUCCCCCGGCGACGGCGGGCAGGAGUCUCUCUGGCGACACGUCUCCCCGUCGACGGCGGGCAGGAGUCUCUCUGACGACACAUCUCCACGGCGACACGUCUCCCCGGCGACACGGGGCAGGAGUCUCCACGGCGACACGUCUCCCCGGCGACGGCGGGCAGGAGUCUCUCUGGCGACACAUCUCCACGGCGACACGUCUCCCCGGCGACACGGGGCAGGACUCUCCACGGCGACACGUCUCCCUGGCAACGCAUUGACCUGGUCUUUGCUUGUUUAUUUUUCUAAAAUGCUUGGGAAACUACAAUCAGGGUGCGCACACCCCCCCCACCACCACCCACCACCCACCCCCGGGCACCCCCCACCCCCUCCACCCACCCCCGGGCACCAAACCCCCCCCCUGACCCACCGGCCCUUCCCCCGACCCUCCUUCCCCUCCGGCCCCCCCGACCCUCCUCCCCACCCUACGACCCUUCCCCCCCGACCCUCCUCCCCCCCACGACCCUCCUCCCC